AGUUGCAAUUAGGCAUUAAUUAAGUAUUAUGAAAGUUGAUUAUUUAAGUGAAUUCGGCUUUCGACUCUCCGACUAUGAGUUUGGGACCAAGGAGCGGAGGAUGGAUCUUGGAACAGCUGAAGGCACCCGGUGCACCGACCCACCCGCAGGCAAGCCUCCAAUGGCAGCCAAGCGCAAAGGCGGCCUGAAGCUCAAUGCCAUCUGUGCCAAGCUGAGCCGACAGGUGGUCGUGGAGAAGGGAGCAGAGGCUGGCUCCCAAGCUGAAGGUAGCCCACUAUGUCCCCGGGACAAAGAGCGCAGUGGCCCCGAGUCUGGAGUUACCCGGGCUCCCCGGAGUGAAGAAGACAAGAGGCGGGCAGUGAUCGAGAAAUGGGUCAACGGGGAAUACAGUGAAGAGCCUGCACCCACACCAGUGUUGGGGCGCAUUGCCCGUGAGGGCCUGGAGCUGCCCCCAGAGGGCGUCUACAUGGUCCAGCCGCAGGGCUGCAGUGAUGAAGAAGACCACGCAGAGGAGCCCUCGAAGGACAGCAGUAUACUGGAGGAGAAGGACUCAGAUGGUACAGCUGCAAAAGAUGACAGCGGCCCGAGCACCAAGCAGGCUUCAGGAGAAACCUCUUCUCUGAGGGACUACGCCGCCUCCACCAUGACCGAGUUUCUGGGCAUGUUCGGCUAUGACGACCAGAACACUAGGGAUGAGCUGGCCAGGAAGCUCAGCUUCGAGAAGCUGCAUGCAGGCUCCACCCCCGAGGCGGCCGCCUCUUCCAUGUUGCCCACCUCUGAGGAUACUCUCAGCAAGCGGGCACGUUUCUCCAAAUACGAGGAAUACAUCCGUAAACUCAAGGCUGGCGAGCAACUUCCCUGGCCAGCCCAUGGCAGCAAGGCCGAGGACAGGGCAGGCAAGGAGGUGAUGGGCCCGUUGCCCAGCCUACGGCUACCCAGCAAUACCACCCACCUGGAAACCAAGGCCACCAUCUUGCCAUUGCCAUCACACAGCAGUGUCCAGAUGCAGAACUUGGUAGCCCGUGCUUCCAAGUAUGACUUCUUCAUUCACAAACUGAAGACGGGCGAGAACCUGAGGCCUCAGAACGGAAGCACAUACAAGAAACCAUCCAAGUAUGACCUGGAAAACGUCAAGUACCUGCACCUCUUCAAACCCGGGGAGGGCAGCCCUGACAUGGGCGGGGCCAUUGCCUUCAAGACAGGCAAGGUGGGGCGCCCCUCCAAGUACGACGUUCGGGGCAUCCAGAAACCAGGCCCUACCAAGGUUCCGCCCACCCCCAGCCUGGUUUCUACACCCCUCGCCAGUGUGCCCAGCGCCCCCAGUGCCCCCGGGCCGGGACCUGAGCCACCUGCCUCCCUGUCCUUCAACACUCCCGAGUACCUGAAGUCAACCUUUUCCAAAACAGACUCCAUCACCACGGGAACCGUCUCCACUGUCAAGAACGGAUUGCCCACAGAUAAACCAGCUGUCACCGAAGAUGUAAACAUUUACCAGAAAUAUAUUGCCAGGUUCUCAGGGAGUCAACACUGCGGCCAUAUCCAUUGCGCCUACCAGUACCGAGAGCACUAUCACUGCCUGGACCCAGAGUGCAACUACCAGAGGUUCACAAGUAAGCAGGACGUGAUCCGACAUUACAACAUGCACAAGAAGCGCGACAACUCCCUGCAGCACGGCUUCAUGCGCUUCAGCCCGCUGGAUGACUGUAGUGUCUACUACCACGGCUGCCACCUCAAUGGGAAGAGCACCCACUACCACUGUAUGCAGGUGGGAUGCAACAAGGUGUACACGAGCACCUCGGAUGUGAUGACCCACGAGAACUUCCACAAGAAGAACACCCAGCUCAUCAACGAUGGCUUCCAGCGCUUCCGAGCCACCGAGGACUGCGGCGCGGCUGACUGCCAGUUCUACGGGCAGAAGACCACGCACUUCCACUGCAGGCGCCCCGGCUGCACAUUCACCUUCAAGAACAAGUGUGACAUCGAGAAGCACAAGAGCUACCACAUCAAGGACGACGCCUACGCCAAGGACGGCUUCAAGAAGUUCUACAAGUACGAGGAGUGCAAGUACGAGGGCUGCGUGUACAGCAAGGCCACCAACCACUUCCACUGCAUCCGCGCCGGCUGCGGCUUCACCUUCACCUCCACCAGCCAGAUGACCUCACACAAGCGCAAGCACGAGCGCCGGCACAUCCGCUCCUCGGGCGCCUUGGGACUGCCAGCCUCGCUGCUGGGCACCAAGGACACGGAACACGAGGAAUCCAGCAACGACGACCUCGUGGACUUCUCCGCCCUGAGCAGCAAGAACUCCAGCCUGAGCGCCUCCCCCACCAGUCAGCAAUCUUCCGCGUCCCUGGCUGCGGCGGCGUCUGCCACCACCACCGAGGCUGUACCCAGCGCCACGAAGCCUCCCAAUAGCAAGAUGGCUGGCCUGCUGCCCCAGGGCCUGUCUGGUUCCAUUCCGCUAGCAUUGGCCCUCUCCAACUCAGGCCUCCCCACAACCGCACCCUACUUCCCUCUCCUUCCUGGCCGCGGGAGCGCCUCACUGCCUGUGGGAUCUCCAGGGCUCCUGGGCACCAUGCCCUCUGUGGCCACAACAUCAGCAACCCCUGACAUGCCAGCUCUGGUGGCUUCUGGAGCUGGAGACUCAGCCCCAGCAGCUGCCACCUCUCUCCCGGUGCCCCCUGCCUCCAUCAUGGAAAGGAUCUCUGCGAGCAAAGGCCUCAUCUCACCCAUGAUGGCUAGACUGGCUGCGGCCGCCCUCAAGCCCUCUGCCACCUUUGACCCAGGAAGUGGGCAGCAGCCCACCCCCAGCAAGUUUCCCCAGGCCCAGGUGAAGCAGGAACCUGGUGACAGUGCUGGCACCCCAGGCCCCCACGAGGCCUCCCAAGACCGCAGUCUAGACCUGACUGUGAAGGAGCCCAGUAAUGAAUCAAAUGGCCAUGCAGUCCCGGCAAAUUCAUCUCUUUUAUCCUCGCUUAUGAAUAAGAUGUCUCAGGGCAACCCCAGCCUCGGCAACUUGCUGAACAUCAAGACAGAAGUGGAGGGGAGCCCCACUGUGGAGCCCUCACCUUUCCUGGGCAAGGCCGUGAAGGCGCUAGUUCAGGAGAGGCUGGCAGAGCCCUGGAAGGUGUAUCUCCGCAGGUUUGGUACCAAGGACUUCUGUGAUGCCCAGUGCGACUUCCUCCACAAGUCCCAUUUCCACUGCGUGGUGGAGGAGUGUGGCGCGCUUUUCAGCACCCUGGACGGGGCCAUCAAGCAUGCAAACUUCCACUUCCGGACGGAGGGAGGAGCAGCAAAGGGAACUACAGAGGCUUCCUUCCCAGCCUCUGCGGCUGAGACCAAACCUCCCUUGGCGCCCUCGUCCCCGCCAGCGCCUCCUGGCACCAUGGUCCCUGGAUCGUCUUUGGAGGGGCCCGCUCCCAGCCCAGCCUCCGUGCCCUCCACCCCUACCCUGCUCGCCUGGAAGCAGCUGGCUUCCACCAUACCCCAGAUGCCUCCGAUCCCCUCAUCGGUGCCUCACCUGCCCACUUCGCCCCUGGCGACGACGUCUCUAGAGAGCGCCAAGCCUCAGGUCAAACCCGGGUUCCUCCAGUUCCAGGACAACGAUCCAUGCCUGGCGACGGACUGCAAAUAUGCCAGCAAGUUCCACUUCCACUGUCUCUUCGGGAACUGCAAGUACGUCUGUAAGACCUCGGGCAAGGCCGAGUCCCACUGCUUGGACCACAUCAACCCCAGCAACAGCCUGGUGAACGUGCGGGAUCAGUUUGCUUACUACUCUCUGCAGUGUCUGUGUCCCAACCAGCACUGCGAGUUCCGGAUGCGAGGACACUACCACUGCCUCCGGACGGGCUGCUACUUUGUCACCAACAUUACCACCAAGCUUCCCUGGCAUAUAAAGAAGCACGAGAAAGCGGAGCGGCGGGCGGCCAAUGGGUUCAAAUACUUCACCAAACGUGAGGAAUGCGGAAGACCAGGCUGCAAGUACAACCAAGUGAAUAGCCACUUCCACUGCAUCCGGGAAGGCUGCCAGUUCUCCUUCCUCCUCAAGCACCAGAUGACUUCGCACGCCCGCAAACACAUGCGGAGGAUGCUGGGGAAGAACUUCGACCGUGUGCCCCCGUCCCAGGGUCCCCCAAGUCUGAUGGAUGCUGAAACAGACGAGGGCAUGGAUUAUACAGGCUGUAGCCCCGGUGCUGCCUCUUCCGAGUCCUCUACCAUGGACCGCAGCUGCUCCAGCACCCCCGUGGGCAAUGAGAGCACCGCGGCAGGGAACACCAUCUCCAUGCCGACAGCCUCAGGGGCCAAAAAGCGCUUUUGGAUCAUCGAGGACAUGUCUCCUUUUGGCAAGCGGAGGAAGACAGCCUCCUCUCGCAAAAUGUUGGACGAGGGCAUGAUGCUGGAGGGUUUCCGGCGCUUCGACCUCUACGAGGACUGCAAGGACACGGCCUGCCAGUUCUCGCUCAAGGUCACCCACUACCACUGCACCCGGGAGAACUGCGGCUACAAGUUCUGCGGGCGCACGCACAUGUACAAGCACGCCCAGCACCAUGACCGCGUGGACAACCUGGUGCUGGACGACUUCAAGCGCUUUAAGGCCACGCUCAGCUGCCACUUCGCUGACUGCCCGUUCUCGGGCACCAGCACGCACUUCCACUGCCUGCGCUGCCGCUUCCGCUGCACCGACAGCACCAAGGUCACCGCGCACCGCAAGCACCACGGCAAACAGGACGUGAUCAGCGCCGCCGGCUUCUGCCAGUUCAGCUCCAGCGCCGACUGCGCAGUGCCCGACUGCAAGUACAAGCUCAAGUGCUCGCACUUCCACUGCACCUACCCGGGCUGCCGCCACACCGUGGUGGGUAUGUCGCAGAUGGACUCGCACAAGCGCAAGCACGAGAAGCAGGAGCGAGGGGAGCCUCCUGCAGCCUCGCCCGGUGCGCCCGUCAACCUGGACGGCUCUCUCACGCUGGCCGCCGAGCCGGGCUCGCUGCUCUUCCUGCAGACAGCGGCAGCGGGCCUGGGCCUCCUGGGAGACACAGGGGACCCCGGCCCGCCUGCCACCGUCCCCGGGCCUCGCGACGGCCCUGCUGCGCCCGCCCCCGCCGCCUCUGCCACCAUCACCGCAGGGGAGUCCUCUCAGGAGGACGAUGAGGAGGAGCUGGAGCUGCCCGAGGAGGAGGCCGAGGACGACGACGAGGAUGACGAUGAAGAGGACGACGAUGACGACGAGGAAGACGAUGAUGAGGACGAGGACCUGCGUACCGACUCGGAGGAGUCGCUGCCCGAGGCUGCAGGCGAGCGGACCCCGCUGGCGGCCCUAGGUGGCCCCGGCCCGGCGCCCACCGCCACAUCACCCUAGCCGCCACGCCACUCCAGUCCCCUCUGGAACUGCUCUGUAUGUGAACCCCUGUGUACAGACCCCGCUGGGCCGCCCCAGGGAGGGAGGCGCCCUGGCCCCGCUGGUGCUUCCGGACCCUCGAGUCCGUCUCAGGGCAGAGGCGGGGACCCCUCUGGUGCUCCGGGCCGCCCGCACCCUCCCGGCCCGCCCAAGCGGGUGUUCAGGGAAUAGCAGGUGCUGUGUCCGGGUGGCAGCGAUGACCUGCGCUCCUCUCGGUGCCCACACGUGAGGUCCUUGUUUGCUCAGGGGCUGCCCGCGGGGGUCACCGGUUGCGGGGCAGCAGGCACCUGUAGCAUCUGGCAGAGCCCCCCCCCCCCAAUGCAGCUAAGACCUCCCCCUGACUCGGGGGAGAGCGGGCCGAAGACGGUCAGCAUCAGCACGGGUCACACUACAGGGACAUGGAGGGAAUCUCAUGGAAUCAGCAACGCAACGAGGCGGCAUCCCCGCCCCCGAGCUGUGGUCCGGUCUGGUGAUGCUCAGGCCCAAGCCCACCCUCCAGCAAAUCGAGGCUGUGGUCCGAAGCAGGCACAGCUAGUGGGGGCCUGGAGGCGAGGGUCUCAGCCACUUUGGUGCAAACAGGAAGGAUACGACUGGUUUUGGCUUUAAUAAUCAAAAUGGGGAAAAAUAACCAAGAAAGUUGUACAGUAUUUUUCCUGUAAAGGUUAUUAUUCUACAUAGAACAAAAAGAGAAGAAAAAAAUUAACAGUGCAGGUGGGUGCAAGGAAGCUGAGCCCCGCCUCCAGACCAGCCCUGGGAUUGGGGACUUGAGUGCAAUUUCUCCUAGGAAUUGUUUAGCAUUUAUUUUAGAGGCCUCAGUUGGAGGCUUUGUCGUCACACUAGCACUGAUGGGGGCUGCGUGAUUCCAACUUUUAACUUGAAUUUUGUAGAGACAAGAAAAAAACCGACUAUUCUCUUGAUACAAGUUUGUAGCUAAUUGAACAUUGAGGGUUUUUCUGUUGGUUAUGCGUGUGGCUUUAUAGGGCUUUUUCUUUUUCUUGUUCCAGUUUUGUUUUAUUAUUUUGGUUGGGAGGCUGAUACAGCCCACCCAGAUUGGUUCCUUUUCCAAAGUCCCCCUUCCUGGAGGCAAUAAGGCCGUCUAGGCUGAGCACAGGGCUCACCUGCAGGCACACGGCCUGCAGCCAGCAGCUGCUCCAGUCCCUGGUAGGAGCAGGCUGCCUGAGGCCAAGCUUGUGGUGUGAACCUGUGCACUCCAAUCCCUGGCCAGUGUCAGGGUGGAAUCCAGCAAGCAGUGGAGGGGCGAAGCUGCCACCAGGAAGCCCCCUCCCACGGGCAUCUUCGGGUGGGGGAGCUUGCCCAAAUGGGACAGUGGUUUUCUUAAUCUGACUCUAAGUGUGUGUGUGUGUGUGUUUGUGUGCGCGUGCGUGCGUGUCCCCUCUUGGCUGCCCACAGCCAGAAAGCCAGGACCACCGGAACUGGAGAGGGAGCAGGGAGGCACAGCGGUGAGAGGAGAGAGUACCCAAUCCAACAGGAAACACGUUGAUUUCUAAACAGCCCCCGCCACAGCCUCCGUGCUGAGCCGAGAGUUCGCCCAGAGUCUGACCUGCCACAGGACCCUGCCUCUGUGGAAGGAGUUUUGUAAAGGAAAAAAAAAAAAAAAACAACAAAAUAAAGAAACAAUUUUCAAUGUAGCAAAAUCAAACAAAAAAUUUAAAAAGGAAAAAAAAAAAGAAAGACAAGAAGACGCGGAGUGCGAAGUCUAGCCUUUGUAAACUUCAUAUUGCACACUAGGACUACAAGCCAUUGCUAGCUCAUUUUGAAUUUUAAUGUGUAAUUUUUGUUUUAUUUUUCUUUCUGUGAGGAAAACGAUGCCUGAUCCACCAAUGCUCUUUUUAAUGUUUUAUAACUAUGUAUGUGUAUAUAUAUAAAUAUAAAAGUAAUAUGUAUGCACAUAUGUGUGUAUAUAUCUAUAUGUAUAUACAUAUAUAGAUAUAUAGAGAUAUAUAGAGAGGUUUUGAGACAAAAAUGCAGACCGUGAAAGCGAACUGAGCAGCGCGUGCCCUGAUUACUUGAAUCUGGUCUCCUCGGCACCUGGUUAUUAAGAACUGAAUAUUUUUCCACUUGAAUUUAGUGCUAUUAGAAAUUUAAUAUAUGUGUUUUAUUUAUUUGAUUUUUUUUGCAUGACUGAUGCAAGGUUUGACAUUUUCACUCAAUAAAAACUGGAAAAAAAUUCGUCACGUUAUCUUUUAUUUUUAAAAUGAUGCCCGAGUGGCUGGCCAUGACUCAAAUGUGUGGGGUGGCACGAACACAGCCCGGCUCUGAGUGCCCAGGGAGAGGGGGAGGGACCUGACCACUCU